ACCGCCAUUAUACCAUAGAAGAAGAUUUUGGGCGGAGUAAACACUAAUGCUUCGCUUUUUCCUCUGUUUGUCACUAGGGACCACUUCCACAAAGUAACAAACCCUGCCUAUUUCUAUCAUUUAUCUUCUUAAAGUGUGAUAUUAAACCAAACUGUUAACUCUAACUAAUUGUUGUUUUCAUGUAUUUUAAAGAUAUAGCUCAUUUUGAGGCAGUUGGUAACCUUCCUCUCAGCAAACCCCAAAUUUCCCAUCAGCCACCACAAUAUUCACAGGCGCUCCAUAGAAGGUAUUUCUCAUUUUGUACUAAGGACAAACCACCCAGUUAAACGUUAGAUUAAAAGCAUCACAAUGUCCGAGCUUUUUAUGGAAUGUGAGGAAGAGGAGCUGGAGCCAUGGCAGAGACAGACACCAGAAGUUAAUUUGUUGGGCGACGGUAAACCUGAUGAUGAUGACGACGAUGAACCUAUAUUUGUUGGGGAGCUUAGUACUUCAAAGGGCACCAUUAACACCAGACCAACGAACAACCAAAGAAAUGUGAAGACCACCCCAGUUCAAAGUGGCGGAGUUGGAAGACCAAGAGCCCCUAGGAUGACAAUGACACACAGCUCUCCCCAAGCUCAUCUCACUCAGGGUCCAGUUCCCCAGAACAUCAUAAUUCCAGGGAAAGGGUUGAACAAUGCACCUCGACCCUUAACAGCAGUACCACCACAGCCCAUCAUUAUCAACAACCAGGGUUACAUUAUGACCACACCACAGUUACCGGCCAACUCCGCUUUCCUUGCUUCCCUUGGGAAACAGUAUCCCCCUGGGACAUCUUUCACUGUGGUUCCAGCAGGCCAGCAACACAUUCUGCAGCAGGUGACUCCAGGGAAGCCUUUACCUGGGGUUAUCCACAGGCCUCAAGUGCACAUGAUCCACAACAACGUAGUGACCUUGUCCAAUGUGCAGGGCCCCGCUGCAUUGUCUUCCCAGCCCAACCGCUCAAAUUGUACCAACCUCCAGAUUGUGUCCCCAGUUAUUCAAGCCAAAGGCAACAGCUGGGACUAUGGCAAACGAGGUUUACCUCAAGACCAAAACAGCACAGCUAAAAAAGCAAAGCAGGACAUGGGGUCUUCCCACGCCCAGGAGAUAUUAGAAAAUGGGGCACGUUUUUGUAAAAAAUGUCCAAAGUGUAAAUUUGAUUUCUACCAACAAGUUGUCAUGAAAGAUCACAUGGUGAAAUGUUGUCCUCACCUGUUGGAGUGUGUCUUCCCCUCAACCCCGAAGUCUACUUACCUUUUUGCAAGCAAGCGCAUCAUGCUUGUCACAGACUUCUACUAUGGUAGAUUUGAGGGAGACAAACCAAAAUUGCAGCAGCAGAAGACCCCAUUUACCUAUAAGUGCCAGAGCUGUUUGAAAGUACUCAAGAACAAUGUCAGGUUCAUGAACCACAUGAAGCACCAUCUGGAGCUAGAGAAGCAGAACAGUGAGAGCUGGGAAAGCCACACUACCUGCCAACACUGCUACCGGCAGUACUCAACCCCAUUCCAGCUGCAGUGCCACGUCGAGAGUGCCCACAGCAUGGUCGAAUCUUCAACCAAUUGCAAGAUAUGUGAAUUAGCCUUUGAGUCUGAGCAAGUGCUCUUGGAACACAUGAAGGACAAUCACAAGCCUGGAGAGAUGCCCUAUGUCUGCCAGGUGUGCAACUACCGGUCUUCAUUCUUUACCGAUGUGGACACACACUUCCGUACGGUGCAUGAAAACACAAAGGAUCUCCUUUGUCCUUUCUGCCUUAAAGUUCUUAAAAGUGGUCAUGUCUACAUGCAGCACUAUAUGAAGCAUCAGAAAAAAGGAAUUAAUCGUUGCGGGAAAUGCAGGCUGAAUUUCCUCACCUACAAGGAGCGAGUGGAUCACAAGACUCAGCACCAUAAGACUUUCCAAAAACCCAAAGCUCUGGAGGGCCUUCCUCCUGGAACCAAGGUGACUAUCCGGGCCUCUCUGACAGGGCCAUCUCCCAGUUCCGCCCGUGCUGCUGACAAAUCCAGUGUCAGUGUUAUACCAGAGGUCCCAGGCAUGAAGGGAGCCAUGAAGGCAGCCAAUGUAAAAGCUCAGAGCAGUACAUUUACCACACAGGGCAGCAGUGGGGGGAAAAGCAAGGGCGCAGUGAGCAAAAAGCUCCUCAAGCAGCAGAAGAACAACCAUGUGUUGCAGAGUCUCAGUAUUGGAGAAAGACGACAUACCUGCAUUGAGUGCUACUCGGAGAUUCAUGACUUCUAUAGUCACUAUCCCAUGGUUGCAAUUUGUGGUGCAUGCAAGUAUCGGACAAGUUGCAAAACAUCCUUUGGAAACCAUAUGAUAAGGUUCCAUAGUGCCAUCUCAAAAGAGAGAUUCCGGAAAAUGAGGAAAAUCCCAGUUGUUCUAAGGAAUUUAACCCUUGUCUGUCUGAACUGUGACUUCCUGGCUGAUGCGCAUGGAACUGACCUCAUGAGCAAGCAUUUGAUUGACAGACCACACCACGUCUGUAAGGUCAUUCUAGAGAAAGGAGAAGGUGGUGCUGUAGAUGACGGCAUUAGAGGAAAUAAACAAGGGAUCUCUGCUCUGAUGUUCCCUGAUAUCCAGAAUGCUGAAACUGCCACAGUGAGUGGCACUUUUGACCAAUUCCACAGCGUUCCCAGAUUGGUGGAGACCUCCAAUGUCUUGUGUAUCACCCCAGCUGCUGAAAGAAGGGAUGGGCCAGAGGUAAUGCAUGUUCAGACACAAGAGUCAGGAAGAGGUGCUGUAAUUCUACUAGACAACGAUGAUGCAGCAGUUAACCAACUAGGAGAGGCAGAAGUGCAAGGGCUUCUACAUAUCUCUACAGUGGAUCAGAGCCAGAGAGUCACACAGGCUACAGAGCUAGAAACACCCAUGGAAAGUUCAGUUGAGGAAGACCCGUCUUUGCAGUCAGGGCCCAUGGAUAGAGAAACAAGCAUAGGAAACUCAGUUGAAGGGGAGUGGAGAGAAGAGCAGUCUUUGCAGUCAGGCCUCAUGGAAAGUGAAACACCCAUGGAAAGCUCAGUUGAGGGGGAGCAGAGGGAGGAGCUGGCUUUGCAGUCAGCGACCAGGUCCCCCACUAGUUCUGUGGCCUGUGAGUUAGAUGGGGAGACGGUGCGUUUGCAUGAGUCAUUAAGCAAACCGGAAUCUGUGAGCUUUGACGACAGUAAGGUCAGCGUUUCCCUGGAGACCACCCCCUUUGAGGUUGUAGACCAAGAGGUGAAAGAUAUCGUGGAAGCAAAGGACAUCUCGUCCUCUCAAAGUCCAGCUGACGUCCUGCAUCAGAGGGAAGUUGACAAAGACAUUCCCUCCAGUCCUGAAACACUGAAGGGAUCGGCGUCCUCGGAGUAGUGAGAAGUGGACCGGAUGUAUUUUUAAGAAUACUGCAUAUCAUUGAAAUGUAUUUCUCUUCCCAUUUUCUUAAACUUGACUGUCCUUGACCAGAUGGAGAUGAGCUGAGACGUGUUAUGUGUUUAUUAGAUUUGGCAUUUGGAAAAACAUGUAUCAUUUUUUUCUAACAUCAGUGCAAGAUUUGACUUCUGUCUGUCAAACUUACAAUUUGGUUGUAAGCUUUCAAUGAAAGUGAAAAUGGUACACUGAAUAAUUUGACUUUCUGUAGUGUCGAAAAAUACAUUCUGAAUGUUUAUGCUUUCCUUUAUCUGAACCUGUACUCAAGUGUGAAAAAUCCUUGAAAUAUCUUAACUAUCCUUCCACUGGUAGAUAUAGGCCUUUUGUUUAUUUUGGAUACCUCCUCUACUUCCAUUGACAUUUCAUAGGUGCUUUUGUGUAUUUUUAGUAUACUAUAAUCCAUCACUUUCCCUUUGAUCAUCUGUAUGUCUUUAGUUUGAGAGCAGUCCAAUGGACUUGAAUCAUGGAGGGAGUUUGAGUCAAAGGAACUGCAGCGCACCGGUCUAUGGCCUGUCACAUGAACAGGCAAAAGCAGUGGGGGGAACUGAAAAUCUUCUUUACACUCUUGGGUAAUUCAUUCUAAUCAUUUUAAAUCGAACAGUAGUCUGCGUCGCUCGGUCAUGUCAACAGGGCAGCAUGGUGCAUCGUCCAGAAACACUUUGCCAUAACUUGUUUGAAAAUUCAAGCAUUUUUUUUUAUUGUAAAGGUAGAUGGUGUUUUGAUCAAAAGCAAUCACUUUUUCACUUGAAACCAGUCUCUUAUUCAAUACUCCACGUGCUUAACCUACGUCAGAGAUGAUUUUGCCAUCAGCCAGAGUGGGGUACCUGGCUCAAAGAAUGCAAUCACUUUUCAUCCAGUGCAAACUCCUCCCACUGGGGACAACUGGGCCAGGUAAUCUAAUCCCCUCAGUGUUUCCAUUGCAGUCGUGCUAACAUGUAAAUAAACUUUGGUAAUACAGUAUGAAAUCUGCUAUUGAGACUUGAUUAAGAACUGACUGUCCAUGUUCAUUAUGGUUGAGAGAGGUGAUCAACUGUAGUCUGUAGGAUCAUCACUGCCCAGUUUACAUGAAAAGUAAUAAAAAUGCAUUGAUUCCCCAGUUACCUCACAAUAGUUGUUAUAAAUUACAAGCAUCUUGAUAGGUUUAACACUGAUAGGAGUGUUGACUUAGCACUGAAAUGUCUUCACCUUUGCUAUGAAUGUGAUCAUUGUGCCAUUUUGUUUAGUUUGGUGAAUUUUCAGCUGAUGGGGAGGUUGAGGAUGCAAAAAGCUUGAGGGAGAAGUGUGACAUGAGUUGGUGCGUAAACAAGCUAGAAAUGGAUUGAAUUUUUUUGACAGGUGACAGCAAAGGUGUCGCUCUUGGCCAGCAUGUGCAGAUAAUACAUACAGAAUUAUCCCAAGCAGUGAAGCUAGACUGUUUUCUUGCGUCCUUAAAAUAGACAAGAAUGGGGAAGUAAUAAUGUCUAAUUAUUCUGUUUAUUAUAUCCUGUGUGUAACAUCAAUCCACCAGAAUUGCCUGAUAGUUUUUCUUGUGAUCAAUGGAUUGUACUGUACCAGUAUUAGAGGACCUGACAGUGCAGAAAGGGUACACCACUACAGUAGUAGUAGUAAACUAAAACCGAGAUUUAUCUGUUUCCUUUGUGGGAUCCUCCAGACUGUAUGUCACUUUUCAAUCUUUAUUUACUUUCUUGAGGGAAAUUUAACAAAAGAAACAAUGAGAGCAAAGACUAAAUUCUGUCAUUAUUUCAGUAUUUCCUUUUCUGGCGGGGCACAGUAGGCCCAAAUACAAUACUCAGUUGUCACCUCAGGCUAAGUCGUUUUGAAGAUUUACGGAUGAGUUCUCAGAGGGAGGCACACUUCUGUCAAAUUUCAGGGCACCUCGAGGAGCAAUGCCACCUUGUGAAGUGAGAACACCUCACGUAUGCACAGGGCCCCCCCCCAGUAAUGUCUAUCUGUAUUUGUUUGCAAGUGUUCCAAAUGUCAGCUAAUGAUGCUCAAUGGGAACAAGCUUUAUAGAAUGGCUGACAGUAUAUGACAGUUUCAACCAAGGAGCAAGAGACUUUGAAAAGUGAAACUCAAAGAUUGUCUCCCUUUUGACUUCUAUGCAUAUGCAAAUCCUGUAAAACCUUCAAAGUCAAUUCUGGAUGUCAGUACCACUGCAUUUUUUUCAUUGUUCCCCUCUAAUCAGGGACUGAUUUAGACCUGGAACACAAGGUGGGAGCAGAAAACCAGCGGGCUCUGGACCUCAGAGUAAGAGUUGAAUAACCUUUCUGUAAAGGCAAGAUAAAAAGAAAAUGACAGGCUUCUGAGUUUGUUUAUUAUUGUCCCUGCAUCAUUGUGAAAAGGAUCAAAAUGAAACAAAUUGCCUUUGGAUCACCUGAAAUCAAGUGAUAUCAUAGCCCCAUUGCUGAAAUUAAGUGAUAUCAUAGCCCCAUAUCUGAAAUCAAGUGAUAUCAUGGCCCCAUAAUUUUUCAGGCUUCGAGGAGAUAUGCCUUCAGAAAGUACACCCCUUGACUUAUUCCUCAUUUUUAUUUUACAGCCUGAAUUCAAAAUGGAUUAAAAACAAUAUUCUCACUCAUCUAUACACAAUAACCCAUAAUGACAGUGAAAACAGUUUUAGGAGUUUUUCAAAUGUAUUAAAUGAAGUACAGAUAUCUAAUUCA